CUGGAGUUGUCCCUUUAAACACUGGGUCCAGGGAGGGUAAUCUGCCAGAGAUUAUCUGCUGGCGAGAGGAUUGGCAUUAAAGGGAACGUCUCCUCCCUUCCCCCGUGUCCUACAGCAGCCCCUGUCCUGUGGGGAUGGAAACCAAGUUCACUUUCUCUUGGGCAAGCAGCGAGUGGCCUUUGGUCUGAGGGGCAAGGGGAGGAGGGCAGUGUGUGCGCUAUGGGACUGGGCCCCCUCUUCCUCGCUGUGCUGGCCGUGCUGGUCUCCUGUGAAGACCCAGAAGGAGACCCGGAUACUUACUGGUCUGGCACAGCACCCAUCUGCUUCGGGGUCUGCAAGGGGAAGCACAAGGAGCUGAAGAGGAGCCAGUGUGGGAAUGGCAGCUGCUGCUGGCUGGGCUACAAGUCCUUCUGCAGAGGAACCUCCCUGUCCCCAGUGAACUGCGGGCGACCCGAAACGGACUUGGACUCGGUGGUGUACGGCAACGACUGGUGGGUCGGCUCGGUGGUGCGGUACAGCUGCCGGCCUGGAUUCCUGCUCCUGGGGGACCCGGCCAGCUCCUGCCAGUCUGAUGGUCGCUGGACCCCCAAGCCCACCUGCCUUCGGAUCUGCCUGCGAGGUCGUAUCGAGAUCAGCGAGCAGGACAUUACCGGGAGGUGCUCUUCAUCCUGCAGCACCCAGGCCCACCUGGGAGCUUUCCUCAACCACAGCUGCAUCAAGAUCUCAGCCUGUGUCACCAAGCGCUCAGGCUGGGUGCGCUGGUUCCAGCGCUGCAACACCUGCGAGUGUGACUGUCAUGUCCCGUGCGGUGAGUCCCGGUUGCGGCCGCCUGCCUUUGCUUCCUCUGGGUAGAGCUGGGCUGUCCGGGGCUGUGGCCACUGGCCUCAUGCCAAGGGAGGCUUCCAACCUGGAUGUCUGCUUCCCUUUGCCACGUCUCUCCAUCGCUGCCCUCCUUCCGUGAGCUGCAUCCAUCCCAAGGCUGUCAUCCGAGGGGAGAGGAAAUGUUUUGGACUCGCUCUCUUGCAGGGCUGCCUUCCUGCCUGGCCCCAUCCCAUGACCCUUCCACUGUAGGAAGGCCCUUGCCGGGGACCAGAUGGAUGCUGAACGUGCCCAUGGCGCUGACCACCGAGCCUUUCUGGGCACUGGACUCCCAUCCCUGCUGGCCUUCCACCUUGAAAUGACUCCACAGCAGGAUGCUGCAGCAGCUGCUGGUUGCUGUAUGGCCACCAGCUUGGUCUCAGGGGCUGCCAGCCCAGCCUUGGGCAGUUGGGAAGGCUUUAGCAUCAAAGGGGUUCGCUCCCAGGCCCUGCUUGUGCCCACCCGCAGGGCAGCAGGGCUGGCUUGCCCUGCACAGAGGGGGCCUGGGCUGAGACCUGCUGACGGUGAGUGCCCUGAGGAUGGGAGUCAGCGUGCUGAACGCAAACUGGAUGGGUCCGGCAUGUCUUUUGCUCCAUGAGGAGAUGACUUAAGACUUCCUUGUGGAGCCUGGCUCCAUGACUACCUCCUCGUGCCCUCCCCCUGCCCAGCCUGUGGGCUGCCCUGUCCUGCAGGUCUCUCCUCUGGCUGGAUCCUGCUUUGCCAAGGAGCCAAAUCACUGCCCAGCCCAAGCUUAGCUGUGGGAGGGGAAAGCUCUCCUUGGUUCAACAGAUGGGUUUUUAAUUAAUACUUUUGUUAGUGCCACUCA